CCCUAUUAUAUAUAUAUAUAUAUGAAUAUUUUAGAAAAAAUAAUGUGAUAUUACAUAAUAUCACAACAUAAAUGCAAUAUAUAGAUGUUAUACAGGAGAAAAUAAUGACAAAACAUUUAUUCAUGCAAUUUUUUCUUAUCAAAAGAAAGUUAUAUUUUUGUAUCAAUACCAAUAAAUAUCACCUAAGAACUACCAAAACUUGAUGAUAUCACCAUAUAAAUGCAAUAAAUAAGGUAAAAAAAAAUAAAGGAAACAUUCUCGGUAAUAAUACAAUUUUUUUUUUAUUUCCUUACAAUAAUACAAACUUUUAAUUAAUCAUUAAUUAUAUCUGUUUAAGAGUGUGUUUCCCUAGAAUAUUCUUAACAAAUUAAAAAUCAAAUUAGAAGAUUAUACGACAAAAAAAUGGUAAAUCAACUAAAAAACAAAAGUUAUUAUUUUAGGGAAAAAAAACCCAACCAGUCAAAUCGAGUAAAAUAUAAUUUAUCUCAUCACAAGUAUAAAAUCCCGUGCACUGCACAAAAUUCUUAGUAAAAAGAUAUAUAAAUAUAAUUUUCAAACAUAUGUAAUAAUAAAUAUACUAUAUACUAAAGAUUAAGUGAUAAAUAAUAAUUGUUAAAACAGGAUGAUAUGACAUUUUUUAUACGUGUAAUUUAAAUAGUUUGUAGAUAAGUAAAAUAAAUAACAGGUUGAUUAAUUUUAUUUGCCACGUAAGCCAAUAUCAACCAAUAAAAUUUUUUCAUUUAGCGUGGCUCCAAAAGAAUGCCAUAUGUGAUUUUUUUAGCCUUUUUAUUAAAUUGUAUAAUGAUUAGUUGAAAUAAUUAUAACUAAAUCAUUGUAAAUCUUAAUAAAUCAUUUAAUAUCAUCUAAAUAUUUUUUUACUUUAUUUUGUUUUUCCUAUUAAAAAAUAUAUGAUUAAUAUUUUGUUUCCUAAAAAUUAAUUUAAAAUUUGCUAGCAUUACCUAAAUAAUUCUUAAUAUAUUGUUUUCAUUCUCUUAGUUAAUUUAUAAAUUAGAGUAUUUUAUUAGUUGAAAUAAUUUCUAUAAUCAAAUUAGCAAAUUUAAUAAGUUAAAUAUUGAUCUUUAAUUGAUGUAGACUGAUCAGCUAUUUAAUUCAAUUAGUACUCCAAUAGAAAAUUUACGGCUUUUUUAAUAGAUGUUAUAUGAUUAUAUACACGUAGCUUAGUAUUUUUCAGAAUUUCAUUUUCUUUUCUUAAUUCCUCCAAAUAUUUCAAUUUUGCCAUGUUUUGGGUGUGUUUCUGGAGGAAAAAUUACUGCUUCCGCCAUUGUUGAACUUGAAGUUAACACUCAACAAGAAUGCAAAGCCAAUAUUAAACAAUUUACAAACCAAAUUUUUCUCUUUCACCCCAACCACCUACUUGCUCUUAAUCUCCAUUAAAGAAAACCCACAUUCCAUUUGCUCUGUUCUCAAGAACCCAUUUCUUGAAAAUGGCUCCUGGUGUCUCAUUACACGACCCUAAUCUUCCACCCGAACCUGGAAAUCUCGUAAUUCAGGUCAAAUCAGAACCAGUUGAAGAAUCCAUUUCAGAUAUUCAAACACCCGAUUUAAUUCCAAGCUCCCCGCCUGCAAAUGACCCUAACUUACUUGCUCUUGAACCUUCUCAUUCUCCCAGUGAUAAUUCCGAUAUUUACUCUGAAUUCUACCAUCUUUCUGAGAUGUUUCGUACCGCAUUUAGCCAACAAAUACAGGAUCCGCAACAACCAUUGAAUUCAAAUACCAGUGCCAUUGUUCCUUACCCAGAUGGGGAAACCCAGGAGUCUCCAUUAGCAGUUACCCCUCCUACCUUACGUGAUCAAAAGCGAUCCAACGAGCUAGUUCGAGUCACUAACCUCACUACAGAAGAUGAGAGGUAUUUCAGAGCCAUAAUAAGACGAACUCGGAUGUUUUACGACGCAUUAAGACUCUAUAUGAUGUUGCAAGAGGAAAAGAAGAGUGGUCCUGGUUCUGGAAGACGAGCUCGAAUGGAUGUUAAAGCUGCUACAUUAAUGAGGAUCCAUGGGCUUUGGCUUAAUCGAGAUAAAAGGGUUGCUGGGUCAUUUCCUGGUGUGUAUAUUGGCGAUAUUUUCCAUUUUAGAAUGGAGCUGUGUAUAAUCGGAUUACAUGGGCAACCUCAAGCUGGAAUUGAUUUCUUGCCUUCGACUCAGAGUUGUAAUGGCGAAUCAAUAGCCACAAGUAUUGUUGUUUCAGGUGGAUAUGAAGAUGAUGAAGAUAGAGGCGAUACGUUGAUUUAUACGGGCCAUGGUGGGCUUGAUAAGCUUUAUAGAAUGUCCAAACACCAGAAACUUGAAGGAGGUAAUUUAGCUUUAGAAAGAAGUAUGCAUUAUGGUAUGGAAGUUAGAGUAAUUAGAGGUCUUAAAUAUGAAGGCAGUGUUACAACUAAGGUUUACGUUUAUGAUGGCUUAUAUAGAGUUGUUGAUUGUUGGUUUGAUGUAGGAAAAUCUGGUUUUGGUGUUUAUAAGUUUAGGCUUAUUAGAAUUGAGGGUCAGCCUGAAAUGGGUAGUACCAUUUUAAGAUAUGCUCAAACCUUGAGAAAGAUGCCAUUACAGGUUCCACCUGCCGGUUAUCUUACUCUCGACCUUUCGAAGAAGAAGGAGAAUGUCCCUGUUUUUGUGUUUAAUGAUAUAGAUUCUGAUAAUGAUCCAUUGAAUUAUGAUUAUCUGCCCAGGACUAUUUUUCCUCCAUUUGUGUAUGCUGGUGGAAAUAUGGGGUGUAAUUGUGUCACUAGUUGUAAUGAUGAGUGUUCCUGUGGAAUCAAGAAUGGGGGUGAGAUUGCUUAUGACUAUAAUGGGUUUUUGCUGAGAGGGAAACCUUUAGUAUAUGAAUGUGGAAAGAAUUGCACAUGUCCUCCGGAUUGUCGAAAUCGUGUGAGCCAGAAAGGGUUGAAGAUUAGGUUGGAAAUCUUUAGGUCCAUGGAAACAGGUUGGGGGGUUCGGACGUUGGAUUUGAUACAUGCUGGUGGGUUCAUAUGUGAGUAUGUUGGGAUUGUUCUAACAAAGGAGCAGGCUCAAGUAUUCACCAUGAAUGGAGAUAGUGUAAUAUACCCUGGUCAGUUCACUGAUAAGUGGGUUGAAUGGGGGGAUUUAUCCCAGAUGUAUCCUCAGUAUGUGAAGCCAACAUAUCCCUCUAUUCCGCCAUUGGAUUAUGCAUUGGAUGUUUCUGAAAUGAGAAAUGUUGCUUGUUAUAUAUGUCAUUGCCCAACUCCGAAUGUGAUGGUGCAAUUUGUGAUGUAUGAUCAUAACAAUGUUAUGUUUCCUCAUCUUAUGUUGUUUGCUAUGGAGAACAUUCCACCGAUGCGAGAACUUUGCCUUGAUUAUGGGGUUCCUGACGAUUACUAUCGUAAGCUCGCGAUAUGCAUGUAGACAGUUUUCGUUCAACUGCCAUAUCUUUGGAUGUGGCUAGUGAAUGUGUACUGCUGCGUAGAGAUCUACUUGGGGGCACAAUUUUGUUAGAACUUUUUGGACAAUAGAUUUACCGACUCAACUUUUGUCGUGGAUUGUUGCUCGUUGGAGACGAAGACCAGCUACCGCUGCUGUUUUUGAUAUACGACAAGACUACGAGUUUUGGAGGUAGUCAUACUCGGCACAUAUUUACGAUCUAGACAACAACCAUUUGAACAUCUCAUUUGAAGGUGGGUGGGAGUAAAAAUAUACAAUGUAGGAUGAUGAUAUAUGAUAUGAUAUGCAGGAUUUGUGUAAAGAGUGUUAGGACUUGGUACAUAAGAUGUUGAAAUUGGCUGUGUGUGUACAGUUGAUACAGAGUAUUUUCCUAUA